CGCACGCGGCGUUACGAAAACAGAGUUAUGAAAGUUCUUGCCAGUCACCAUUGUAGAUAUAGAUAGCCGUUCAUCACUCUUACAACUGCAGAUGCGGUAGAGGUCCACACGAAAGACUCGCAGAGGACACUCAGAGAUAUCAUGUUUGGCUCAGUAGUUGUGGGUGUAGGCAUUGCAGGAUGUGUGAGAAUACGAGAUUUACUGGCUCCUUUACCAUCAAGUGCUGCAGAAAAGCUCGCCAUCAAAGGAUUUGUCUCCAGGAGGAGCCUUGAAGAUCAGCAGGGAGUGAAACAGAUCUCCAUAAAGGAGGCAUUGAGUAGAGAAGACAUCCAGGCGGCUUUUAUAUGCACUGAAAACAAGAACCACGAAGAGCACAUCAGGCAGUUCUUGGAGGCGGGAAAGCAUGUGUGCGUUGAGUAUCCCAUGACUCUUAGCUACACAUCUGCAGUGGAGCUGUGGAACCUGGCUCAACAGAAGGGCCUGGUGCUGCAUGAAGAACAUAUUGAACUCUUCACACCUGACUUUAAACAGCUAAAAAAAGACAUCGCUGGAAAGACAUUGGAGGAGGGAACUCUGCACUUCACUGGUGGUUCCAUGAAGCCAGAUUUCGGGUUCCUGGCUUUCAGUGGCAUUGCCAGAUUGACCUGGUUGGUUGAUCUUUUCGGAGAGCUCACAGUUACUGCAGCAUCUUUGGAGGAGGAGAAGGAGAAUAAAUACAUGAAGAUGAUGGCACAUUUCUUAACACAACAGCAGAAACCCCUUACAUGGAUCGAAGAACGGGGUCCAGGACUGGGCAGAGCCAAGCACAUAAACCUUCGCUUCCAGGACUGCACCAUCACAGAGCUCCCCGCUGGUCAGAGGGAGCCAGUGGGGCUGUUCAUGCAGGAUCUGGUGCUGUUUGGCAGGAAGCUGCAGGGAGAGGUGCCCGCUGCGGCGCUCCAGAUGGAGAGGAAGAGGAUCCUGCACUGUCUGGAGCUGGCAGAACGCAUUCGCCAGCUCAGUGAAAACACUCAGGCCUGAACCUGUGCAGACAUACAGUCUUAUCUGCAUGUUCACAAAUGGCCUGUUAUGAGCAUGAGCCAUUGUUGAGUCAUUGCGAUAUAGGUUGUGGGUUUGAGACGGACAUAACUGGAGUGUAAAAUAAAUAUUUGUUUGUGUUAAAGGGAUAGUUCAUCCAAAAAUUAAAAUUCAGUCAUUGUGUACCUGAACUCUCCCUCAUGUUGCUCAAAUGAUGCGUCUAACCAUACAAAGUGGAUGGUGACCAGUGGCUAAGUUUAAAAAAGAAUAAAAAUAA